GCGUAGCCAGCAAGGUCUGCGCGCGGGAAGACGGAAGGAAUGAGGGAGGUGUGGCUAAAAUUUGCCCCCUCCCUCCCAUCAGAGCUGCAGGAGCGCUUGAGAGGCUACCUGGCCCCUUGCCACUGGGCGGAUUGGAAGUUCCUCCAGUUGUGACUGUCUCUUUAAGUCUGCCUGGACGCGUUUCACGCCUGCGCAGUCGGACCUUGACCUCGCGCUCAGUCGGCGCUGCUCGUGACUACUUCUUCUUGUUGUUGUUUUUUUUUGGAAGGUGGUAGUUGGUGGGGGAGGGGGAAAGAGAACGUUUUGCUCUCACCAGUGAGCCGGUGGUGGCGCCACUGUUGCUAUAGCGACCUGCCCCAGGACUGGCCCGGCCUGGGACAGAGCCCCGGCAGCCGAGGCCAUGGAGGAACCCGGAGCAACCGCCGCCGUUUCAGGAGGGGACGGCGACGCGUCCGAAGUGACGGAGAUCCGGGUUUCUGGCCCGCAGCCCCUGAGGCUCCUGGAGUGGAAAGUGACGGCUGGGACAGCCGUGAAAAUCGGGUCGGUGUUGGCGGUUUGCGCGCCUAUCCAGGUCCCAGCCCGGCCUGGCGCCUCGCCCACUGAGACUGUCCCUCAGCGGCUCGCCGAACGAAAAGUGAAGGCGGAGCGGCCCGGGGUGGUGCGAGAGCUCUGCGCGUAUCGUGGACAGGUUAUCUCGCCCGGAGGUAUCCUGGUGAGGCUGGAAGGAUGCAGUCAUCCUGUUGUUAUGAAAGGCUUGUGUGCAGAAUGUGGCCAGGAUUUGACACAGUUACAAAGUAAGAAUGGAAAACAGAACAUGCCUGUAUCCACAGCAACUGUAUCAAUGGUUCAUAGUGUUCCAGAACUGAUGGUUAGCUCUGAGCAAGCUGAACAGUUAGGAAGAGAAGACCAGGAGAGGCUGCGCCGAAACAGAAAACUAGUGUUAAUGGUUGAUCUGGACCAGACAUUAAUUCAUACCACAGAGCAGCACUGCCAACAGAUGUCAAACAAAGGAAUAUUUCAUUUUCAGUUAGGACGAGGGGAACCUAUGCUCCAUACUCGGUUGCGUCCUCAUUGCAAGGAGUUUCUAGAAAAGAUUGCCAAGCUGUACGAACUACAUGUUUUCACUUUUGGUAGCAGACUUUAUGCACAUACUAUUGCAGGGUUCUUGGAUCCUGAAAAGAAGCUUUUUUCCCAUCGAAUUUUGUCAAGGGAUGAAUGUAUUGAUCCAGAUUCUAAAACUGGGAACCUUAGAAACUUAUUCCCUUGUGGAGAUUCCAUGGUUUGCAUUAUUGAUGACCGAGAGGAUGUCUGGAAAUUUGCACCUAAUUUGAUAACUGUGAAGAAAUAUGCAUACUUCCAGGGCAUAGGAGAUAUUAAUGCACCACCUGGCUCAAAGGAAGCUCAAAUGAGAAAGAAAGCAAAUCAUUCCUCAAAAUUAACUGAGGGAUCGGAUCCAGCGAUAGCAACAAGGGAUUCUGAAGAACUAAAGCAUGUUGGAAAUGUAGAAGAACAAAGCAAUGGUAUUAAGAAAUCUACCAAGGAACUAAAUGGCAGUAAUUCUGUCAGUGACGAGACCUCAUCCUGGGAUUCUAAUUCUAAUGAUAAAGUUAAAGUAAGAGACUCCUCAAAUGAUCCUGAUCACAUAACAGAUGUUACUAACACAAAUGAACUGAUGAGUGCCAAGGAAUCUCAUGUGUCUUCAGACAAUGAUAAUAGGACAGUUGUAAAUAAACAGCAGAUACAAGACAAGACAAAUUAUUUAGACUUUGAGUUGUCUAGUGACAGUGAAAGUGACAGCGGGUUGGAUGCUAGGAAAUCUUCAUCCACUUCUGCCUCAGACAGUGAAAAUGAAGGGAAGAGAAGCUGGAGAAAAUCAAAAAAAUCUGUACAGGAAGAAAGUACAACACUUCUGCUGGGAGCUGAUAGUAGUGUAGAAAAGGAUGGACAGUCAAACCAUUCGGGAGACUCUGUAUCUUCACCUAGCACCAAUCCCCAUCCCAAGUCAUUUGAUCUGGAAGCUCAUGAAGAGAGCCUUUGUAGUCUAGGAAAUGGGUGUGUUGAUAAGAAGGAGGCAGAGACAGAGUCUCAAAAUAGUGAGCAAUCGGGGAUAACGGUAGGAGAAUCUUUAGAUCAAAGCAUGGAGGAAGAGGAAGAUGAUGAUACAGAUGAUGAUGAUCAUUUAAUAUACCUUGAAGAGAUUCUUGUUCGUGUGCACACAGAUUAUUACUCAAAGUAUGAUAAAUAUACAAGAAAAGAAUUUGAUGAAAUUCCAGACAUAAGAAAAAUAGUGCCAGAACUGAAACAGAAAGUGUUAUCAGAUGUUACCAUAUUAUUUAGUGGACUAUAUCCAACACAUUUCCCAAUAGAAAAAACACGUGAGCAUUACCAUGCUACAGCACUUGGAGCCAAGAUUGCAAAAAGCCUAGUACUGAAUGAUGAUGACCCCAAUAAACCAACCCACCUUAUUGCAGCAAGAGCUGGCACAGAAAAAGUCCGGCAAGCUCAGAACUGUAAAAAUCUCCAUGUUGUAAAUCCAGACUGGUUGUGGAGCUGCUUAGAGCGUUGGGACAAAGUAGAAGAACAACUGUUUCCUUUGAAAGAUGAUUACCUUAAAACACAACGAGACAACAGUCCUGCCAUGUUUCCAGAUAUACACAGUGCUUUCCAGACUGCUCUCUUUCAUCCAACUCCUAUUCAUGCCAAAUGUCAACCUGGUCCUGAAGUUCGGCUAUAUGAUUCCAAUACUGGAAAACUAAUUAGGAAGGGAUCUCAGAGUUCCAGCCAGUCUCUCUAUAUUCAACCACCAGCUCCACCGCUCACUCUACCAGUCCAUGGGGAACAUUCCUCAUUCAGAGUUGUUCAACCACAUCAACAACUUUUUGAUGAAGAGGAAAUGCCAGCAAGUGAGAACGAAGAGCCUGGCCCUUCUAAACGGAAACGACAGCCAAGUAUGUCUGAGACAAUGCCGCUAUACACCCUAUGUAAAGAGGAUUUAGAAAGUAUGGAUAAAGAGGUUGAUGACAUAUUAGGAGAAGGCAGUGAUGAUAGUGACAGUGAAAAGAGGAAGUCAGAAGAAAAGGCAAGAUCACAGAAUAAUACAAAAGAGACUCUAAAUAUGACAUUAGAAGAGAGGCCCAUAUCAACACCAUCAAGUGAAAGAAGCCUGGCAGGCAGUGUUCCCAGGGGUCACAAGCGAAAGCUGGAUGAAGAUGAUGAUGCCAGUGAAUCAAGUAAAGAAUCCAGCAAUGAAGAUGAGGAGGGCAGCAGCUCAGAGGCAGAUGAAAUGGCAGCAGCACUGGAAGCUGAACUGCAUGACUUUAUGUAGCCUACAUAUGAGAGGCAAUGUGUAAUUAUGUGUUUCUGCAACCACUCAGAAUUCCAAUGGAGGGUGUCCCCCUUCCCCAAAAAUAUGGUGUAUAUUUUACAAAGCAACAUAGGAGGUGGUGAUGCAUUAUUUUACAAUAUCUGAAAUAGGUGUUUUUAAGGUGUUUUACUAAAGGAAAAUAUACUUUUUUUUAAAGGAAAAGUAUUAAAGGGGGACUUGGUGUGAUAUGCCAAAGACACAUUGUAAGUUCUUCAGAACCUUCUUAUACAGGACAAUAGUACAGAUAUUUGUAAUUGAAGACUAUUGCCGUGAUGGCUUUGGGUACCAAGCUGCAGAAAGAUAAAGAAGAUCUAAAGAAUAUAUUGCAUGGAUGAAGUGAAAGGAUCCUGAUCAGGAUAUGUUUUCUUCAUAAAGAGAUGUUAUCAAAUAGACUUUAACAAAAACAAGAAUAAAAGAAUUUAUAUUUGUAUAGGAACUGAGAAUGUGAUAUGCAAGCUUUGAACUCUGCACUUGACCUACCUGCCACGUGCUUCUAAGAGAAUAUAUGAUGACUGACUUCCAUGUUUUUAAGUUACUUUGUCGAUUUGUUGUAUCCUUUAGGAGGCCAUUUAGAUUUUUAACUUUCCUUCUCUGUCAUUGCAGUUCUAGCACAGGCAACUCUGUGCAUUUUGUACUGCCAGAAAGAACUUAUUUGUUCAUUUUGUGUUUGUUUUUGAAAAGAAUGGCUGCUAGCUCAUUCUAGAUAGCAUUUUAUUUCUUUGAAAGAACAGAUGUAAAGUUUUUGUAUAUUCUAUUUCAUAUUUGAUCCACAAACAGAUUCUUUCAUUUAAUAAAAAUCCAUUUUGUAA